AUGGCCCACCGUGAGACACAGACGUACUCGCAUAGUCUGGCGAAAGCCGACGUCCUAGCGGUCACGGCCGCAGCGCCAAGCGAUGAUGGUUCCGUGUUGGACCUAGGUUGGAAUCAAAAGCCAGAGCACGACGCCAAACCUUGGAUCAAAGGCAUGCACAACGAGGAUGUCUGGGAAGUGUACGAACUCAAAAAGACUGAUCAUGUCCCCUACGGAGGCCUCGAUCUCGUCGUCGCCCGGGAUUCAGAGUGCUCGCCAAACAAGUUGCGCAGUGAGGUGGAGAGGCUGUACAUGGGCAUGACGUACUUUGCCGCCUGGACACUUGAUUGUCUCAUGCCACUCCUCAUCGUCGCAACCAUUGCCCUCGUCGUCUCGCCCCGGGUACGAGUCGUGCUUUUUCCGCCGGCACCGCUGUCCAUGGUCGACAUGACCACCGGCGGCGUGGCGAAGCCCAUGGCCGGCACCCUCGGGUCGACCGAUGCCGCGACCGGCGCCCCACAGAACCUCAAGGGUGAAGCUGUGGAAAACGAAGCGAGUAACUUUGUGACGAGUGUCGCUGCGAUCGCUACCAAUUUGAUGAUGGGACAAGACCCUCACGGCGCGCCUUUCGAGCAGGAGGGUGGCAGCAGGGACGGGUUCAAGCCGCAAUUUGAUGUGACAACCAUGGCCGUCGUGAAAGACAAGGCGGAGGGUAUGGAUCGGCCGUCUCAGGACAAGACGAAGGCACCCAUGGAGGAGGUGGUCUGGCACCAGAUGACGCCGCUCUUGCAUCUCCUUAUCCUGACGUCCGAUACCUGGGAGAGAUUGGCCAAGUACAUCAUUCUCCCGUGCUCGAGCGCCGUGAAAAUCCUGACUGUGUGUAGCAUUCUGGUACCGACCCCUCCGUUUGAUCGACAAAACCACCGCAUUCGACUGGCAUGGUAUCUCGUGCCCCUGGCUGCACUGUCGCUGUUGGUUACACGCGAUGUCGCUGUCAGGGCCCUGACUUUUGUCGUUGGUGUCUUGUUGUUCGGCGAACCCCUCGUCUCCCGCGCCCUUAGAAACUUGGCGGGCAACGAUUGGACUAAUUACUUUCACCUCAACAACACCAUCUUCAGGGGCGUCCCCACCGACCUUCAACUCGCUCUGACACUGCUCCGCCUCGGUGAGGCCCAUCGAGCCCCGUUUCCUCCUCCAGCGCGUGUCCACCAGCCUCCGCCCGAUGAACCUAUCGAUAUCAACGAGACUGUUAUUGAUGCCUCGGCCGGUGAUCAGCCCCUUGGCGCCUCCGCCGAUGAGCUGCAGCACACAGCCGACCACGAUGCUGCGCAAGCAGACCAUGCCGGCGGCGAAGACACAGAAGUCGAGCAGGCCGUGGGCCACGGCAACAAGCGUGAGAAGGUUUUCAAUAUCUUCAAGGGAAGCGCCAAGGAAGCCGUCAAGGCUGCCGCUGUCGUCGACAAGAUCCGCGCAAAGACGGGUGCCACCCAUGCUAAGCAGCGCGUUGGUGUGCUGCCGCCGGAUAAGAAAGAAAAGGAGGAGAAGAGAGGGUCACAUAUCGUAGGCCCCGUAGAGUUCAGCGCCCGAUAUGAGGGGACAGCUGGCAUCCGUACGCCCAUCUCGAAAAAGGAGGACCUGAAGACGCUCUGGGUGGUGAACAUUGAGGACAUUGAGCAGCUCAGGAAGCACUCUGGAUAUGGCAUGAAGGCAAAGCUGGCUGCCGGAUGGGCGACGGAUGGCCCAGUCUACGAUGCACUCAGGAUCGUCGACAAAAAGGGGGCUGUGUAUAUUGUCACCAGUCUACCAUAUCGGGAUGCCCUUUUCAAUAGGUUGUGUGCCAUUGGGAAGCACGCAAAAUGGGAAGUCUGGUGA